AUGAAGGUGGAGAGCGCCGGGAUGCAGGAGGCCGCCGCCGGCGACGUCCCCGGCAGCGAAGACGGCGCUGACGAUGUCUUCUUCUGCGUGGCCGCGACGUCCAGGGGCAAGAAGAACAAGAUAUCGUACUUCCACACCAACGCGGUCGGCGAGGACGCUGAGGCGGCCCGUGCGCUUGUGGCGCUCUGCCUCGACCACGCGCCGGAGCACCACCGGUGGCACCACCACACCAUCGACGGGGCGAGGUCGUUCGCGUUCCUCUCCGCCGACGACGGCCGCACGUACUUCGCCGCCGCCGACCCGACGCCGGGCGGAGCCGAGAUGGUCCGGUUCCUGGAGCGCGUCCGCGACGCGUGCAACUCCGAGCCCAUGUUGCGCCUGCGCGACGAAGCGGUGGCCCCCGUCGCGCGGCAGUUCGCGCAGGCCCUGCGGGCCGUGGCGGGGGCGACGUCCAGCACGGCAGACACGGCGCUUCCCGGAGCCUCACCGCGAGCGCGAGAGCCGUCCACGCCGCUAGCGCCAGUGUGCGCGGUCGGCGCCGGUGGCGAGAAAGGCGAGGAGGCCCCGCGGAUCGGAGCACGACAUCGCGCCGUGCAACCGGAGGAAAGCGCGCAGCCAGGGCGACUCUCCUGGUGGCGCCACUCGGUGGUGGUGAUCGGCGUGGACGUGGUGGUAUGCCUGGUGCUGUUCGCCGUGUGGAUGGGGGUGUGCAAAGGCUUCAGGUGCCUUACGCGAUGA